AUGCGUGAAGGCUCACUGGUGGUCUUGCAGCUUUUUAGGCUCGGCCUGGCCAUGUUAGAAUCAGUCACUGGCCCGGUGGUCGUAUUCGUAGAUUCGCGCUUUCAUGACAAUAAAGCUGCCAUGGUGGACGAAGCCCGCGCGCUCAUGGAUCUUUUUGACGGAGCUGAUGUCCGACGCUGGAGGGUUAUUAUCACGCUGCCAGCGACAGAAGAAGGCAUCCGUGCUGCGCACGAACUCACGAACGAGUACAAAAUACGCAUACAUCUCUCAAUGGUGACCUCCCUUGCGCAUGCCUGCGCCUGCAUCGAAGCCGGUGCGACUAUGCUGAGUAUGAAUGUCGGUCCAAUCAUGACAUGGUUCGAGAAGAAAGACGGUGACGAAGCCGAACACCAAAUUGCUCCCGGCCACCCUGGCAUCAAGACCGUUCAAUCCUGCAUAAAUUACAUUCGCCAAAACUCUCUGAACACUUCUUUGCUAGUCGCUGACAUUCGAGAUUGGGAUGAAUUGAAGCAAUUGAAUGGAAUUGACGCCGUCGCGCUGAAUCAAAAACUGCUCGAUCAGAUUUCCAUGCAAGGGCUUACGACCUGGUCCCCGGAGAUCAUGGAAGACUACGAGUUUUCGCCCGCAUACCGAUGCGCCCGCGAAGCUAAAUAUCCUUCCGACUUCCUGAAUCACGAGAGGGGUAUCGGAAUGGCUUUGUCCGCCGAAGAUCGUAGCCUUAUGUCUUCCGUGGUUUACAUCCCUCUUGGGCAAAACAAAGUUUUCAUGGAACAUAUUCAAGACGUCAUCAGAAAAGAAGUCAGGGAUCGGCUCUACCUUGACACCUUCGAUUUGCCCCGUACUCUGUACCGCCGUAAACAUGAAUUGAUUUUGGGCAAGGAUGCAAACAAGCCUAGGCGCCGCGAGCGGUUCUCUAUGAACACACCAGGUUCGUAG